AAUUGAAAAGGCAAAGCCAAACGCAAAGUCAUCGCGUAGUCGGCUACUUCCUCCCUCUGCUGAAUCAGACUUAGAAUCUCUCCUUUUCUUUUUCCUCUCUUACCCAAAAUUUCUCCUUUCUCCUCCCCCGCCGCCGCUUUCCGUCACCCUACUCUCUGCUGGUGGUGGUGCUCUUUCUUUAAUCAUUGCCUUUUUUGUUUCUUUUUGGGUAAAUUAAAGUUACUUGACUGGUGGAGAUUGAGAGCGAACCAAACCCAAAAGAAAACCCUAGAACAACGAAAUUUGCUGUCCCCCUCAAUCGCAAAAAGAGGAUUUUUUUUUUCUUCUGAUAAAUGCUCUGAAUCUUCCUCUUCAAGUCUCUUGAUUUUUAAUUUUAAUUUUAAUUUUUGCUAUACGUACUCAUGCCAGCCGAUUUAGAGAAUUCCCCGUCGGUUUCCGGCGAACCCACUGUCUCUUCCCUUGGAAACACCGAUCCGCCGCCCAAAUCCACCGCUAAGAAAAAAAGAAAUCUACCCGGAAUGCCAGAUCCAGAUGCGGAAGUGAUUGCUCUCUCCCCGAAGACCCUUUUGGCCACAAAUCGAUUUGUUUGUGAGAUUUGCAACAAAGGGUUUCAGAGAGAUCAGAAUCUGCAGCUUCAUCGGCGUGGUCAUAAUCUUCCAUGGAAGCUCCGGCAAAGGUCUAGUAAUGAGGUGAAGAAGAAGGUCUAUGUUUGCCCUGAGACUUCUUGUGUUCAUCACGAUCCUUCUAGAGCUCUGGGUGAUUUGACUGGGAUUAAGAAGCACUUUUGCAGAAAGCAUGGUGAGAAGAAGUGGAAAUGCGAUAAAUGUUCGAAGAAAUACGCCGUUCAGUCUGAUUGGAAAGCCCAUUCCAAAAUUUGUGGUACCAGAGAAUACAAAUGCGAUUGUGGUACUCUUUUUUCCAGAAGGGAUAGCUUCAUUACCCAUAGAGCUUUCUGUGAUGCAUUGGCAGAGGAAAGUGCAAAAGCUCAGCCUCAGUCGUUGGUGGACAAACCGGUUUCUGAUUCUUCUCAGAAAGCGAUGGAGCCGGUGGAGCCAAAUCCAAAGCUAUCUCCGCCGCCGUCACCUCCGGCGGCUGCAUCUCCUCCUCAAUCAGCUUGUGUUCUAUCUCCUCCUCUCUUGCCGAUUCAAAGUCAAGAUCAAUCGGAGAAUCCAUCCCAGUAUAAUGAAGAAGCACCUGUUACAACGGGCAUGAGUGGUAGCUGCAGCAGCAGCAAGAGCCCUAGCAGCAACAGCAGUUCGAGUAGUCGAUUUGCUAGCUUGUUUGCUUCCACUACUACAUCCAUAAGCCUGCAACCUCCUCAACCCCCCGCGUUUACUGACAUGAUACAUGUUAUGGCUUGUUCGGAUCCCUCGUCUGACUAUGCUCCAACGACGUCCACCGAGCCUAUUUCUUUAUGUCUUUCAACUAGCCAUGGGGCAUCAAUUUUUGGGGCUGCUAGCCAAGACCUCCGACAGUACACACCAACUCCACAACCUGCAAUGUCCGCCACUGCGUUACUACAAAAAGCUGCUCAAAUGGGAGCAGCAGCUUCAAAUGCCUCACUCCUUCGUGGUUUAGGCUUAGUACCAUCAUCCUCUUCAGCUACGCCACAAGAGAGCUCUCCAUGGAAUCAAAGGCAAGUUGAACCAGAUGGAAUCUCAAUCGCUGCAGGGCUCGGGCUUGGGCUCCCUUGUGAUGGAAACUCUGGAUUGAAAGAACUAAUGAGAGGCAACCAUUCACUAUUUGCUCCGAAACACACUACUCUCGAUUUCCUUGGAUUGGGUAUGGCAGCUGGUGGUAGCCCCAACAACAGAGGAUUGGCUGCACUAAUCACAUCGAUCGGCGGAGGCAUGGACGUUGGCACAACGACCGGAUCCUACGGAGCUGGUGACAUAUCAAGCAAAGACAUGAAUAGAAACAAUUAAAGAAAGCAAGGUGUAAUAAUUUAAAACUUGUUAGUUUUUUGGGAUUGAAUUUUUUGUUGUUGCCUUCCAUUUCCAUUAUUAAAGAUAGGGAGAGGAAGGUAAGAUGUAAAGUUGUAAUUUGAGAAAAGAAUGUUUUCAUUAAUCAAAGUAACAUAAGAAGUUAUUAGAUUACA